CCAAGUGAAAGAGAAAGGUGUUUGUGUUGUUUUCUUCACAGACAUGGGGACUGUUCUGAAAAUGUACUUUUAUUUGUUGCUGAUAGUUUUCAUCUGUGACGGUUUCAAUGUCCACGGUCCACCUGGUCCUCUCAUUGUUCAGCUGGGAGACUCAGUGAUGCUGCCCUGCUUUGUGGAAACUCCUCUUCCACUGGAAGAUCUGGAAGUGGAAUGGAAAAGAAUUGACAGUGAAACUCUAGUGCAUUUGUGGCAGGAUGGAGAGAGUCGACCAGAGUCUCAGAACCAGCAUUAUCAAGAAAGAGCUCAUUUCUUCACAGAGGAGAUCGCUCAUGGAAACUUCUCCCUCCUGCUUACAGAUGUGACCAGUAAAGAUGCAGGAGUUUAUAAGUGUGCUGUUUACACAAAGCUGGAUUCUGGAGAAACUCUGAUUAAAAUAAAGGAGAUUGAGCGCUUGAUCGUCUCUGGAGCCCACAUUAUACCUGCAUAUGCAGGUGAAGAUAUCACUCUGAAUUGCUCUGUAGACUCUCACAUCACACCAGAAAAGAUAGAAGAGGUGUCAUGGAAGAAAACUGAUGAAGAUAUCUUAGUGCUGCUCUAUCAGGAGGGUGAGAUCCUGACAGACUCGACCGGUGAGAGAUACGUGGACAGAGUAGAAUUCUUCAGUGCUGAAGAAAGAAACAAAGGAAACUUCUCUUUGAGACUGAAGAAUGUCCGAACAGAAGACAAAGGGCUGUAUAUGUGUUUAGUGGUCUCUGGUGCAUUAUCAGCUAACACAACUGUGGAGAUACAGCAGCUGGGUCUUUCCUUUCUGCAUAUUGCAAUUUUAAUUUUGUGUAUUCUUGGAGUUGUAAUCGGAUCACUUAUACUAGGCUCCCUAUCUUACACAUCUUAUAAAAAGGAAGAGGACAGCAGCAGAAGAGCCCUAGCUAUACAGUGUGCACAUGUCCUUUGUCCUAACAUUACUAUGUCCAUUGUCUUCAUCCUCUGGGGUUUCACUGAUGGGUAUUUUACUGAAGCAGCAACUUGUUCAGCACUUAAUUUUGCACGGAUCCUUUUCCUACUUUGGAUUGCUCUCGAUUUGAAAACAUUUCCAGAUUUUCCCAAACGAUUAAUUACCAACUUGGCAAUUCUACUACAGUACACUGUGAUAACUGUUGCUGCUUAUUCUUCUAUUUUUGUGGAUAUCUACUAUAGAUUCAGCACUGAAGUGAAAGUGGCUCUGAUCAUUGUGCUCCUGCUGCUACUUAUUCCUCUUCUGGGUCUUAUCGCUGUAGUAUGCUGUAAAAGGACAACAGAAAUUGAUACAUUCAGGAUUUACAUGAUUACAGAACUCAGUGAUAUUCUACGAAUAAGUUUUUUUACACUGGGAUUGCAAAGAAGUGUGAUUGGGGCAUUAUUUCCACUCUUCAUUGUGGUUUUGUUUUAUUUUCAUGCUUUUUUCACGUUUCUGAGAGAUUUAUUCCUGAUAUUAUUGUUGUUGCUCCUGGAGUUUGGUAGAGCAUCAGGGUCGAUCUACAUCCAUUAUAAUUUGGAUAUUGAUGUGAAAGAACGUGACGCAUUGGUCUGUGGGACUGUAUUCCUCCAAGUCUUGUCCCUGGUUACACUGUUUACAAGACUAAAAGAUUCAAAAGCGACACAGCGAGGUCAUUUGGUUGUGUUCAUGUUUGGUACAGUGGGGGUUGUGUUUGUGAAUGCUGUUGUGUUAUCAGUAGAGCUGAUCCUAACAGCACGAAACGGUGAGCGUACAGUGGAUCUGCGACUUAUUCUCCUACCGACUGAAAGUGUAUUUGCUGCGUGCUACCUUGCUUUACUAAUAUCUACUUUCUGUAAGUUCACCUCCUGUUCAAGUGAUGAGCAUGAACUGGAGAAUCUGGCUUCUGUUCUUCAGCCCUCAGGGUCUUAGCAGAAAUGUUCUAAUAAUAAAGUGGACAUCGACUGUCUCAACAAACCCAAACCAUCACCCCUCCACCACCACGCUUCACACUUGGUUUAAUCUGCUUAAAGAGCCCUAUAGGUGACAUGAUUUUGCUUUUGGGGUUUUAUUUAUAUAACUGAACAUUAAACAGUCUGACAUUGGACUGAAUUUGCUGAGACACUCACUAAUGAAACAUACAGAGCAGCUGUACCUCUUUCGGGUCGCCGUGCCGAAGACAAAGUGACCACCGGGGAUGACCCAGAAACAAGCUUCAAUUCAACUUUAAAGCAUCAAAUCCUCCAAAAACACGAAAAAACCUAUUUACCUAGUAAAGUUUAUACUCUCAAUAAUUUUUUAAGCCCACACACAAAGCAC